AUGACAAAGAUAGCUAGCAACCGUCGUGUUCGUAACCAAGCCGCAUCUCUAGCUAUACCGCGCCAAAACUCUGUGUCUGACAAUGGCAAAGUACGCCAGAACCUCAGUCCAGAAGCUCUGGCGUCGAUGAAUAAGGAACAGCUAAGAGCGGAAUGCAGAAAACGAGGUCAACGGACAUCGGGCAACAAAAAUGAGCUGCUCGCCCGCCUAGGGUACUACAAGCUGGCGGCUGCUGUGCAAGUAGACACGGAGCAGCGCACGCGCAACGGUCUGCACCAUACGCAUCCUAAGGAGAUAAAAAUAAAAGCACCACCAAUGGAUACAGACAGUCUAGUGCUAUGGAGGCGACCAUUUACAACGCUUGAAUAUUUCUUCCGAGAAUUAUAUAUUUUGUGCUCAACUGGAUUACGAAGACUGUUAGCGUACAAGGGAUUAGCAGCGUCUCUAGUUGUUCUAGUCAGCGGUAUUGCCGUCUCUUUCUAUAUUAAUGGACCACAUCAGAGAUAUGUACAGGAAGGCGUGCUGACGCUGGCUUGGUGGGGCUGGUGGGUGAUACUGGGCGUGUGCAGCUCCGUGGGGCUGGGCACGGGGCUGCACACGUUCCUGCUGUACCUGGGCCCGCACAUCGCGCGCGUCACGCUCGCCGCCUACGAGUGCGGCGGCCUCAACUUCCCCGAGCCGCCCUAUCCGAACGACAUAAUCUGUCCCACGUCCGUCGACCCGCAACACCCCGUGACCAUAUGGAACAUUAUGGCCAAAGUGCGCAUAGAGUCCAUGAUGUGGGGCAUGGGCACGGCCCUGGGGGAGUUGCCCCCGUACUUCAUGGCUCGUGCCGCCAGACUAUCGGGGGGUGGGGUGGCUGAGCUGAACACCAGUGAUGACUCGAGGACUGGCAGAGCGAAGCAAAUGGUCCAGAAGUUGGUGCAGCGCGUGGGUUUCGCGGGCAUACUGGCGUGCGCGUCGAUACCGAACCCGCUGUUCGACCUGGCCGGCCUCACCUGCGGACACUUCCUCGUGCCCUUCUGGACGUUCUUCGGCGCGACGCUGCUGGGCAAGGCGGUCAUAAAGAUGCACAUACAGAAGAUGUUCGUUAUAGUCGCGUUCAAUGAGACGCUCGUCGGACAAGUCCUCCAAUGGGUCGAACGGAUACCGUACAUCGGGCCGAAACUAGAGGCGCCACUAUUGGAAUUCCUUCGUAACCAAAAAGCUAGACUUCACAAAAACAACGCGUCGCUGCCAGAAAACAAUGGCUCGGUGUUGUCGAGCAUUCUAGAGAAAUUCGUGUUGGCUAUGGUUCUAUACUUCGUGGUGUCCAUAGUGAAUGCGCUCGCGCAGAACUACAGCAAGCGCUCCGGCAAGAAAAAGGGCAAGAAGAAGGAAUAGGGACCGAGGACGCCGGGCGAUUCGGUUGUGGGUCUCGCGCGGCGGCGACUGGACAAGACUCGUCAGCAUCGGUAGUACGAGUUUUACUUGUCGCUCAUAAAAACUCUUGUGAUGCAAGAUUUAUGAUCUAUGGUCAGCGUUCGAACCAUAGACCGGACCGAGCAUAGACUAAAUUAUAAUAAAAGCUAUUUAUAAAACACGGACAUGCUUAUAAAACGACAAAGCGAAUGUUUAGUGUUGCAAGUCUAAAAUUAAUUUUUCCCAAUAUAAUAACGUGAGCAUUUACAGUUUUUAAGCUGUCCACGUAGUCAUAACAUUACUGUGAGGUUGUUGAGUCAAUAUCUUAUAAUAUAAGAAAUGUUUGCUUGCGUUUCUUCCAAAUGGUUACCCUGUACUUGUAAGACAAUUAUUAUUAUUCUAAUAUAAAUUAAUUUUCUUCAUAUAAUCAUUAUCUUUAUUAUUAGGGUUGCACAAUUACAGUUUAUCCGAUGCAAGAUGAAAAUAAAUAAAUAUAUAAAUCAAGGACGACAAAAGAACAUUUCUCUGUAGAUAAUGUUUCAUAUAAUAGUAAAAUUUUAAUAUAGAAGCGUCAAGCUUAUUUUAAUAUAAAUUUGAAUGUAGGCGUAUAAUGUAUUCGUUAAGGAAAGCGUGAUUAGUAACAUCGGAUUUUUCACUCUCACGCAUCAAGAGUUAUACAGGUGUGAAGGUGAUGGUUAUACGAUAAAUUAUUAUACAUUGACAGUGUGUAUUUUACGCGCCUUUUAAAUAAAAUGUUUUAUGUAUUAUUGAUUAUUAUGAAGAAAUGAAGAAUCAUGUUUUCAGUAAAAUAAGCAAAAUUUAAUAUUAAAGUAUGUCGUGACUUUUUGUUCCUACCUUUUAUAAAUAAAUUAAUAACAAUAAACAGUAUUAUUGAUAGAUGUAUUCGACAUCUAUUUAGUAAAAAGAAAACUGAUACCUAAAUUCUUCUUAUACCUAAUCUUUCUCAAUAUAGAUAGAAAUCUAAUUAAAAUUAUAUACAUUAUUGCAUUGACAAAUCGUAUUUCGGAGUAUUUUAUUUAAAAGACGUGUAAUUUAGCUGCCCAAAGAAACAGCUAUGGCACGACAUAUGAUAUCUUGCCCAGUUAGCUAAUGCUAACGAACUUAAUAUUAGAAUCGUCGAAUUUAUGGCUAGAAUAAAUGUUAAUCCAUCAUGUCCAUUAUUUCUCACAAAACCUCUUACAAAUUAUAUUGAAAGGAAGACAACUAUCUGUACACAGUAAAUUAGUCAAAGUCUUCAUAUAGAGUUAUUGUUAGCUUUCUAGUAUUAACAAGUAAAGACAUUCAAAAUAUUUGAAGUCUAACCCACGAAAAUGGUUUCAAAUAGAUAAGAAAUGGAAUGAAAUUGUAUAGGGGUUCAUAUUAUUAUUACCAACAUGUACAAGAACGUAAACAUUUAUUUAAAAAGACAUCCAUUAUAUUAUCAGAUGUAAAUUAAUAAAUAUAUCUGGUAUUCACUGUUCGCUAUACAUAUUAAAGACAUAAUCGCAGGUGUAUAAGAGUGCCUAUGAGUUUCAUCUCCUUAAUAUAAGUAACUGGUUCUUAAUAAAUAUAUGUUUUUAACCAUACAACAGUAAGACAUACCAUUAGUAUGGUGCCAAUGUUUUAACAUUAAACUACUGGUGUUAAAACGCCAUCUAAAUAAAAUAUCGGUACUGAAUGUGCUAUUAUACAAGCUAAGAAAUAGUAAUUAAAUACAAUACGCGUAUAUCACUUGUUGGUGCUAUGUCGUAAACACACGCUAUAAUAAAAACAGUAUGACAUCGUUUUUCCGUCAGAAAGAGACGCAAAACGCGUCUCUAUAGUUCUUUCUCGUUCACAUAGCGAUUAACUAUGUGCAAAUAAUUACACUGCAAUAGAAUAAUCGCAAUUGUUCUUUUGAAUUAUCUAUUAUUAACUGAUAAUUAGACGUAAUAACGAUACAACUAUACAAGACAUAAUAUAUACCAUGAUAUACUGUCUGUUAUCAUGAAAUGCUGUCCCUUGGCGCUUGUGCGAUUCUAGCGCCAUUAACGGAUUUUAAAGACACUAAUUUAUCAAAUAAGGCUAGAUAGCUAGUAAGAAUUUCGUAGUCUGAUAUGUUACCAUUACGUCUUAAUGUAACAGUCAAACCGAUAUAAUUCUAAAGUAGGUUAAGGGUGUGAAUUUUGCAUGUUAGCAAUUUAAAACUACAAUACUGAUCUGUUGUAACAUAGAUUUCUUUACGUAUUUGCCCACAAAAAUUUACCUUCCAACGAGUUAUAGUUGUGCCAAACAUUUUAAAACAUUUUACACAGAUCAAUAAUGUAACAAUUGUAAUAAAUUCAAAGGAUAUUCAGGUAUAUAGUUACACUGGUUAUUCCUAGCUCAGGCACAGAUUGAAAAUUAUUUUCAUGUUAUGUUAGAAAGCCACGCGCCAUAAAUCAUAGAUUUUUUUUUACAAUCAAAUACCGCGAAAUUAGAGUAGGUUUUUCAAAGCCCAAUCGGAAGCGAGACCACGUUAAAAGUUUUUAAAGUUCACCAAUUUUGAGCUUCAUAUUCUGGAUCAAUUAGAAUGUAUGAAUUCUAUUAUUAUAAGAAUCUAGUUAUAUCCAGUAUUAGUUUAUUUUAUGAAAUGUUUCAAGGUUGUUUAGCAUUCCUUUUUUUACUUAAGCACUCUGCGGGUCUGAUAGCUUUCCGCUUAUUGAGUUGUUGCCUAUUGUUUUAUUUAUCAUACCUGCUGUAUAAUUUUAUGUAUUACUAUGGUUAUAAAUAAUAGUACUGUUCAAGCCCUAUAGCACAGAACACAUUUGAAAUAAUCAAAAUAUAGCCACUUCGUAUCCUACCAACUAUGUUUCUACAUUCCAUGAAACAUUGCUAUACAAUUUUUUAUAAUUUUGCACACAUCUCCGAUAAUUAAUUGUAGGAUAUGAUAUUGAUAAGAUUCACGUAUUUAUAGUAUAUCGAAGAACCGCACAUUCAUCGUAAAUUGUGAUUGUAUUUUUACAGUUUGAUAGUUUUAAGGAGCGUCCAAUCAAUGUAACUUUAUUUAUGAAAGUUGUUUAUUUCGUAAUUUAGAUUUGUCUUAGUAAAAAUUUAAUUUGCACAUUUUAAAUUGAGAAUGUUCGUUUAAAAUUAUGUUGAAUAUGUAAUGCCACUGAUAAUAUUUAAUUAUUGGCAAAUUUAAUUUGCUUUAUGUUAACCUAAAAAUUGUUUUAUGGUCCUGCAUGUAAACGUGACCUAUGGAAUGUUUUAUUUUUAUUUAAUGUUAUUUUGCAUACAAUUUCAUUCAAAUGAAUUAUUUUCUAUUGCGAUAAAGUAGAUGUAUUCUUUAUUAAAUUAUGAGUGGUACAUUAGUACAAAAUCGGCUAAGUAAUGUAAGUUUGUGGCUGUAUAAUCUAAAGCAAUAAAGGAGUGGUUACAAA